AUGGAAGAGAUUAUAUCCUCAUCUUCUUCACCCCAAUUUUGUCAAGAAACCGCAGCCACAUGUCAACAGCGUCUCCAGUUCAUAGUUCAGAACAGGCCCGAAUGGUGGGUGUAUUCGAUUUUCUGGCAAGCCUCGAAAGACAGCAAUGACCAAAUCUCUUUGUCAUGGGCUGGUGGCCAUUUCAAAAGCUCCAAGGACUUGGCAUCCAAGAGAAGCAACAAAGUGAUGAACAACUACCAACCCAAAUUUGGGUUCAACAAUGUGGAGAGGAAGAAGGUGAUUAACAGAGGAUGUGCUGAAUCUCUUUUCCAUGAAGACUUGGAGGACUUGGACAUGAGGCUGGUGGAUCAUGGAGUUGGAGAUGUUACUGACUCUGAGUGGUUUUACUUUUACAGCGUUUCUUUAACCCAGUCAUUUGCUGCAGGCCAUGCCACUAACAACAUUUUGGGUCGAGCAUUUUGUUCUGGUGGUUUUGUUUGGCUUGCAGGUGCUCAUGAGCUUCAAUUUUAUGAGUGCGAGAGAGUGAAAGAAGCUAGAAUGCAUGGAAUUCAAACUUUGGUUUGUAUUGCAACUCCAUGUGGGGUGCUUGAACUGGCUUCUCUGGAUGUGAUCAAAGAAGAUUGGGGUCUUGUGCACCUGUCCAAAUCGCUCUUCGGAUCAGACAACAACAGGAUCUCCAAGCAAGGCAGCCGUGACGGCAAUGCACCUGUUCCUUUCCCGGAAAGUGGGAUGUUUUCAGGACCUCAAAAAGACUUCCCCAGACAAGAGGGUGAUACAAAAGAAGCUGCACCUAUCAAUAUUGGUGGCUCCUCAUCAGACUCACCUUCUGAUUCUGUUGGCAAUUUCACUUCUGAAAACACAGAGAGGACUCGAUUGAAAAAGAGAGGAAGAUCAACAAACCAUGGACCAGGUAGAGAAUCACAAUUGUUAAACCAUGUUGAGGCUGAGAGACAGAGGCGAGAGAAGCUUAACCAUCGCUUCUACGUCCUCCGCUCUGUUGUUCCGAAUGUGUCGAAGAUGGACAGAUCUUCUUUGCUUGCAGAUGCUGUGGCAUACAUCAAUCAACUCAAAUCAAAGGUUGAAGAAUUGGAGGCCAAAAUCCAAUCACAACCCCAAAAUCCCAAAAUGGGCAAUGUGAGCAAUCUUGAUCAUCACAGCAGCCAAAGCACCAGCUCCAUAGUUGAUUUUCAUCAUUCAAGUAGUAAUAAGAAUAAUAAUAAUAAUAAUAAUAAUAGAGGAGCUGGUGUUGUGGAAGUGGAUGUAAAGAUUUUGGGAUCGGAAGCGAUGAUUCGUGUUCAGUGUCCAGAUCAAGACUACCCAUAUGCUAAGUUGAUGAAUGCGCUCAAAUCCCUGGGGUUACAAAUUUAUCAUGCAAGCAUUUCAAGUGUAAAAGAGAUGUUGAUUCAAGAUAUUGUGGCAAGAGUGCCUUAUGGGUUCACUAGUGAGGAGGCCAUGAGAAUGGGUAUUAUAAAAAGGUGGUACAACUAG